UUGAUUUAACUGGUUCAAAGUUCAAAGUUCACUCUCCGCCUUCUUGCCCAAAGUGGAAGCGGUUCCGUCCUCACGACAGAGUUGUUGGAGGCGUUGAGCAGCUUGUUCCAGGUCGCAGAAAGACAGCAGCAACACACUGAGAUUGAAUCCAGUACUCAUGAUGGCAGACAAUGAGAAAAUUGAGAAUACUGCAGCUGCCGCAGCAGAACCAACUGCUGAAGACCAGGAGAAUGUUGUUUCACGAGUGACCCAUUUGCCCCUGGUCAGUUCAACUUGUGAGGCGGUGUCACACGCAUACACUAGCACCAAAGAAAGUGUACCGAUGCUGAAAGGGGUAAUGGAUGCAGCAGAGAGUGGAGUGCGAACCCUCGGUGCAGCAGCCACCACCAGUUCCAAGCCGAUUCUUGACUUUCUAGAGCCACAACUUGCUGCAGUAAAUGAUUAUGCCAUGAAAGGACUGGAUAAAAUGGAAGAAAAGUUGCCCAUUCUUCACCAACCAGCAGACAAGCUGGUGUCUGACACGGUGGGCAUGGUUUACCAAUCAGUGACAGGGGCCAAAGAUGCAGUGAUGGGAGCUAUGAUGGGUGGCAUGGAGAAGACCAAGGCAGCCGUCAGUGGUGGCUUCAACACUGUCCUAGGCACCAGAGUGGGACAGAUGGUCAGCAGUGGGGUGGGCCUGGCCCUCAGCCGAUCUGAGAACUGGGUUGACCAGAACCUACCACUCACUGAGAGAGAGCUGGCUGCUGUGGCUGAACCUGCAACAGGUGAGGUCACAACCACACCGACCAGUCCCAGUUACUUUGUCCGUCUGGGGAAACUUUCUGCCAAGGUGCAGGAGCGAGCCCUGGAGCAAUCUCUGGUCCGUGCACGACACGCUAGGGAUGCUACCUACGCUUCAAUGGCUCAGAUCACAAGUACGCUGGAUUUGCUGGAGAAGGCCAAAACCAGUUUGGGUACAACAAGCAGCCACGUAGAAAGCGCUUCAGAGCAGCUGCUGCAGAGAUGGAGAAAGUGGAGGCAGGAGCAGGUUGUAACUCAACAGCCUGAGACGGAUCCAGAUGGUAGCAAAGAUGAGAGUGAGGAGCUGGAAUGGCGGGUUCUGACCAUGGUGCGUGGUCUGAGUGACAAUCUGCGAUCAGCCUGCUCCAGCGUGGUGUCAAGCGCACAAGGUUUGCCCGGUGCAAUCCAGGACCAGCUCACCAAUGCACGACUAUCAGCUGAAGAACUGCACUUGUCUCUGGGGAACACCAGCACCAUUACACCCCUCCUUCUGGAGAAGAGCCGUCAUCAUCUGACCCAGGUGCGACACUCUGUGGAUGGCGUCAUGGACUAUCUCCUCAAUAACGUGCCACUCAACUGGCUGGUGGGACCGUUUGCCCCUCAGAUCACUGAGCGUACGAACGAUGAUACACCAGUGGAGCAGACAGCCUCGCAGAGCUAAACUUCUGUUUUCUAUCACCACGAGUUAAAAUAACUUUAUGGCAGAAGACUGGACAGAUAUUGAGCUGGUCCAGCAAAGAAUAACAAAUGAAAGCAAUCUUAAAUUCAUGCAAUUGUUUCUUUAGGACAUACCAUUAAGUGUUAAGAUUACUGAUAUGUGGUAGUGUUGUUUUUUUUUUUUUUUUUUCUCAUUUUUAAGUCAGUGGAAUUCAGUUAUAACUAAACAUGCUAUGGCUUCAGUGUAUGCACUUGUGCAGUUAUUCAUUCUCCUGGAAGAUUUUUUUUUAAUCACAUCAGUGUUUAUGCCUGCACAUCUUUGAGUUUUGUUGUUUUCAAGGAGAUUAA